CUCCAAUUCCUGAGCUGCUCAUUACAUAUUUUUGUUUGUUUCAGAUUGAAUUGGUGGUGCAAUGAACCCCACCACCAACCCUGCUUGCCUCAGCAUCAGCUUGGCUGGUGUUGCUCCACUUGCAGAUGAUUUUUCACCAGUGCAAGAAUGUGAUAUUAAUGAGACAACACAGAACUGUGCUACAGCCCAACCUCUUGAUGCAACUAACAUAAUGAAUAGAAUUGAUACUCCCACUGAAGUGUUAAUUAAAUAUCAAGUUACUCAUAAAAGAAAUUUUUCAAAUUCUGUCAGUGUAGAUGGUCAAAUUUCACUAUAUGCAAUACAUUUUUUAUUAUUGGUUAGAGAAUUGACAACCUCGCUUAAUUUUAGACAAAACUUUAUUAAAAAAUUAGAGAAUUUAUAUUGUAGGAGGAGCAGAAACAGAAAUUGCAUCUUGAACAAUUUAAAAGAUGAGUCCACAGACCAUGAAGAUCUCAAGUUGGUUCGCCACUCUGGGCAAGCUAAUACUUGGCCAUCAGAGAGCAUCCCAAAUGUAAAUUCUCUACAAUUUAACUUUGUUGUGAAUGUUCCAGUGUUGGAGGUUCACAUACAGGAGAGUCCUCCACCUCCCAUAGAUAAAAGGUGGUGCAGGAUGCUAAACAUGAGCGUGCAGGAGUUGUCAGAGUUGGACGCAUGGAUGUCCUGGCUGUCUACUCUGGGAGGCGCGUGCUCAGCGCUGGGUGAUGGCAGUGUGAGGUGGGCGGACACGGCGGCCAGCAUCUCUGUCCGGCAGAUGACCAUCGCCAGACGGCUCGGUGACCCCACCAUCGUGGCCCGAUGUAGGCUCUACACCGCCAUUGCCUGCAUACAGAAACAUCAGUACAAGAUGGCGGCUACGGUGGUGCGGCAGGAGCACGCGGCGGUGCUGAGGCUGCCCCAGGAGCGCCGGGACCCGCGGCUGCUGAAGAUGUGCCACGGCAUCUGGGCCAAGUUGUGCUACGAACGCCACAUGCAUCGCCACGCGCCAGAUGCCAUGUGUGGCCGUGACCAGCCGAUUGGUGUGAAGAGUGAUGAACGUGGUGAAUGAUGCGGUCCGGUGUGCGUAGUGAUUAAAGUGGUGGUGAAUAAUGCAGUCCCGUGUGCCUAGUGAUGAAAGCAGUGGUGAAUAAUGCAGUCCCGUGUGCCUAGUGAUGAAAGCAGUGGUGAAUAAUGCAGUCCCGUGUGCCUAGUGAUUAAAGCAGUGGUGAAUAAUGCAGUCCCGUGUGCGUAGUGGUGAAAGUGGUGGUGAAUAAUGCAGUCCCGUGUGCGUAGUGAUGAAAGCAGUGGUG